AUGGCCUCGGCGUUUGUGGUAGGAGAUCGGUUCAGAAAUAAGGUGUCAGAAGUGUUGGAACAUCCGAACUCAUCUCUGCCUGAAGAGCUGAGAACACAACUGGGGGUUCUACUUGAAAAGAAAGAAGAUCAAAUAAUCCUGCCCUUUAGUAUAGCCAGGCAAUUGAAAAAGUAUCUCCAAGAUGAAGGGCAUCCAUUUUAUUUGUAUGAGUUGUUGGAGGAUAGUUCAUUGCACCUACCUAAGAUUGUGAAGCCUCCCCGGAACCCAGAGCUGGUCGCACGCUUAGAAGUUAUUAAAGCCAGACUAGCGAACGAAGAAUACAACAAGAUGACACGUAAUGUAAACAAUCAGGAAAUGAACCGCAAUGGAACACUGGCCGAUUUUGGUCAGCAAGUUCGAUCGGCCAAAGCUGUGGUUGUGACUGUUUUCAACUUCCUGGUGACUGUAGUUGCUACGUUUGCCUGCUCCUACAUGGGGAGUCAGUACCUAUUCCCAGAAACUACAGCACGAGUGAUAUCUGCUGUGAUUGCAACAUCUGUAGUGGGGCUUGCUGAGCUGUAUGUCUUGGUUCGGACCAUGGAGGGGGAAUUUGGGGAACCUUAG